CCCUCCCCAGCGCCUGUGCCCACCCAGGUCCGCAGCCCCCACGCCGGGUCCCUGCACUUGUCCCGGUCGCGGGGCGGCGCUCCCACCUACCCCCACCCCCAGCAUCCGCCCAAGGCAGCGCAUCCCCGGGGCCGGCCAGGCCGAUCCCUCGUCGGCAGCCCGUCCGGUAGGUCGCAUCCGCUCUCGGUGCCAUGCCAUUCCUCGGGCAGGACUGGCGGUCCCCUGGGCAGAGCUGGGUGAAGACAGCCGACGGCUGGAAGCGCUUUCUGGACGAGAAGAGCGGCAGUUUCGUGGGUGACCUCAGCAGUUAUUGCAACAAGGAGGUGUACAGUAAUAAGGAGAAUCUUUUCAACAGCCUGAACUAUGAUGUUGCAGCCAAGAAGAGAAAGAAAGACAUACUAAACAGCAAAACCAAAAUUCACUAUUUCCACCAAGAAAAAUGGAUCUAUGUUCACAAAGGAAGUACUAAAGAGCGCCAUGGAUACUGCACUCUGGGGGAAGCUUUCAACAGACUGGACUUCUCUACUGCCAUCCUGGAUUCCAGAAGAUUCAACUACGUAGUACGGCUGUUGGAACUGAUAGCAAAGUCACAGCUCACAUCCCUGAGUGGCAUCGCCCAAAAGAACUUCAUGAACAUUUUGGAAAAAGUAGUACUGAAAGUUCUUGAAGACCAGCAAAACAUUAGACUCAUAAGGGAACUACUCCAGACCCUCUACACAUCCUUAUGUACGCUGGUCCAGAGAGUCGGCAAGUCUGUGCUGGUGGGCAACAUUAACAUGUGGGUGUAUCGAAUGGAGACCAUACUGCAUUGGCAGCAACAACUGAACAGCAUCCAGAUCACCAGGCCUGCCUUCAAAGGCCUCACUUUCACGGACCUGCCUUUAUGCUUACAACUGAACAUCAUGCAGCGGCUGAGCGAUGGGCGUGACCUGGUCAGCCUGGGCCAGGCAGCACCGGACCUGCAUGUGCUGAGUGAAGACCGGCUGCUGUGGAAGAAACUGUGCCAGUACCACUUCUCAGAGCGGCAGAUCCGCAAGCGAUUAAUCUUGUCAGACAAAGGACAGCUGGAUUGGAAGAAGAUGUAUUUUAAGCUUGUACGCUGUUACCCAAGGAAAGAGCAGUAUGGGGACACUCUGCAGCUUUGCAAACACUGCCACAUUCUCUCCUGGAAGGGUACUGACCAUCCGUGCACAGCCAACAACCCAGAGAGCUGCUCCAUUUCACUUUCACCCCAGGACUUUAUCAACUUAUUCAAGUUCUGAAUCCCAGCACAUGACAACACUUCAUAAGGCCCCCUGCUGAUUGGAUGGCUGGAAGUUUGGACACUUCGUUUGUAAAUAGUGUACAUUUUAAAUAUUGGCUUGAAACUUCUGAGAUAAGUCACUGAGAGAGAGGAUGUUGGAGGGGAGAGAUGCAGUUGCCAAUGGGAAUUUACAAAUGUGAACUUUGAAUUAGAACUGGUACAGAAAGCAGAAAUACUGUAGAUAGACUUUUCUCCCCCAACAAUUUUCCAGCAAGACUAUAAGGGCAAGAAUUCUAUGUCAGCUGUGAAAGUGGAAUUCUCUUGAUGUUCGUGGAAACUCCUUUAUAGUUCCCUAGGAAGAAAAAGGCAAAACUCAAAUACAAGAUAGAAUGCUCUUUGUUUACAAUGUGAAAUUUCUGUUAAGACAAAAAUAAGGAAGAAAGAAAAAAGGGAUGCUACGUGUGAGAAAUCCUCGGGCUUUUUGGGUUGGAUUUGGGGUUUGUUUUGAAAAGGCAAAGAAGUACCAUCCUUCUGAAAUCUCCAUGGGCAUAAGGCCUUAUCCUAUGAAGAUGCCAUACAAUGGUCUACCUCUCAAAGAACAGAGCGCUCUCUGACAACAUACAUUAUCUAGCAGGCAAUGUCUGUGUUUCGUGUAAGUUUUUUUCAUCUGUAAAGUGAUUUAAGAUGGGAAGGAUGAUGGAAGAAAACUUUAUGGGUUCUGAGUUCCUUUUUAGGCAAAUAGAGUCCCCUUUGGAGUUCCCUCUUUCCUCAAAGUACCUGUGCCUUUAUCUUUCAUAUCAUAGCUCAUUUAGGGAAACAGAAGGCCAAUUUAAGAGCAGUCCCAGGAGUCAUGAAAAGAUAGAAUUAGACACCUUGUAGAUGUGAAGACUUCACUCUUCCAGCAUGGCUUCCCUCUUCUGGCUUAACUUCCAAGCUUGUCCAGCUUCCGUGGGUAUCUUCAUGGAAAAGCAAAUGUCUGUAAACUGAUUGGCACCCAAGUGCUAAGGCUGGAGAGAGAAAUUUUUCACACCAGCCAGUUAAACAUUUUGCCAGCUGCUGCUCUGUCAGGGGGAGGGGGUAAUGAACUGAGGCACUUUGUUUUCUUUAGGUCCAACAUCAAACUUGAGUCUUCUUGAGCUGGGACAUUUUGCAAGCAUGAUUUAAAAUAAAGCCUGGGGUCCAAGCCAAAUAGAGGGAAGAUUCAUCUUAAGCUUGCUUCAAAGCUGGAUAGUUAAAAUGAGGAGAGUUAGAGAUCCCAGGCAAAUAUGAGCAAGUCACUGUGGAAGAAAGGAAAUCUCAGGACUUAAGGAGUUAACUGUCAGAUAUUCCUGGGGUGGGGGGAAUGUUUUUAUUUUUUACUUUUUAUAGAAUGUUGCUUUUCUACAAUGUACAUAUAUUUGCAGUUAUAUUUGCUUUUUUAUUUCAAAAUAAAAUUGCCACCCUGCAUGCCCUUGGCAAAUAAGCAGAAAUAGGAAUUUGGCCCACAUACAUGUUAAGGGAGAGAAUAACCAGAAGCAUUGAUGCUCAGGAUGGGUGAUCCCUGAAGGAGGGGAAAGAUGGCUGAGCAAGGACAGAAACAAGGCAAGGGACAGCUAGUGACUCAACACCUCUUCCUUCAGUACAACCUGUGGGUCAGCUCCUCAGAGGGCAGAGUCUGCAGUGUUCCCUCUGCUGUGUUGUGCUUGCACCAGAAGUUCUCAGUAGUUCUGUCUUCAUCAUCAUCCCCCUGAGGGAGGGGGAGGGCUUGACCUGACUUUAAGCUUUCAUAAUGAGAAAAAAUGAAAUGUGAAAGAAGAUUCUGAUGUAUAAAGUUGAACUUUGGAGGACUACAAACAUCGUCACAGCUAAGGGUUUUCUGUUUGAGAUUUUUUUGUGUGUUUUUGUUUUGUUUUGUUUGUCUUUUAGCUCAUCUCCCCAGAAUCAAUUUUACAUGAAGACUGCAGGGCCUAGACUGUUGAAUAAAAAGCCACCUGUCUCAUAAUUUUCAGAUUCUCUUAAAUAUCUCACUUUCCUUAAAGGGGUGAGGUGGGGGCUGGAUCUGCCAUUGCUAUGAAAAGUUCUAGAAACUUUGACUCUGAGUGACAUUUAUUUUGUUGUUGUUUUGAGACAAGAUCUCCCUGAAGCCCCCACUGGCCUGGAACUCACCAUGUAGUCCAGGAUGGCUUUGAUUUCAGGGAGAUCCGCCUGUGUGUGUGCAUAUCUCCUGAGUGCUGGCUGAGAUUUAAUGUGCUCGCCACCACACCCAGCUCUGAGUGACACUUUUAGGGUUAGGGCUCAUGGCCUUUCACAUCUUCUCACCAACUUGCCACCUCUGCUCUGUCUUGCUGUUCAUAGGGAUGGAAAGCCAUUGGUACUUUGGGAUUUACAGUUCCAGAAACUUCACCUGGUUUGGACUGUCAGCGUAAAACUAAUGAACCAGUCUCAUAAAGAAUGUUAUCAGUACACAAAGUCAUACAUCAUACCCCAGGCAACAACUUGUGUGUGUAUAAAAUGACUCCUACCCCCAAGCAAUAAGCCUGCAGAUUCUCCAUGACCCUUGGUGUGAUUAGUUGUGGUGUGUAACACAAAGAAAGUUUUUAAGGAUGAAAAAGAAGAAAUGAACAUUUAUGGGUCUCUUUCAUUGAGAAUAGAAAAUAGGAAAGGAGUGGUAGGUGAAGAGGGAAUGGGAGAGGAAUAGAGAUGGUGUAUGCUUGAUGCUGUGGUAUGGGGACGUGGAGGGAGAAGAACAGGCAAGAUAGCCAUAUCAGGCCAUGGCCAGAACCCCACAAGGAAAGGAGUGAAAAAGGAAAUUCUUGCUCCUAGACACUACUAAUCUGUAGAAUUCCUCUUGCCAGACACACCCAGAACUCCCAGACCUAAAACACAAAAACUAAGAAUCCCUGUCUCAGAACUGAUACAAAAGCAAGAGGAACAUAACGAUAGAAAUUUUUUGCUGGAAGGGAGGGGAUGCUGUUCCAUUUAUUGUAUCAACCCACCCUAGCUUGCACCUUGUAAAGCAGAACUAGAAACUGAUAUCCAUUAUGAAGUAAUUCAGAUGUCUAGAAAGAAAAGAGUUCUGUCCAAGCCACAUGAGCAAAUCUAGGGAAUUGGUAACUCAAGGGUUCAAGGGCAGUCAGCCUAGAGUCUCUUGAGAGGAUAUACCAUCCCUUGUAGAAUUAUAUAUACAUAUAUAUGAAGAUUAAGAGUACCCAUUUUAUAGCAAGAGCUAAUAAAAGAAAAAUAAACCAAAUGACAUUUUCAACUAGAUCAUGCCAUUACUGAACACUGUUACUUCGAGCAGGUGAAUCAGUUGAAUGGGAGGGAGGGACAGCAUCAAGGAACCAGGACUACAAGGUAGAGCCUCCAGUAUAUGUGAUAUGAAAAGGUAUUAGUGAUGAUCAAUUUCACAUUGAAGUGGCUUGGAGGAGAUAUGUUUUUAAGGGACAAGAGUUACAUUGCAAAAGCUCUCAACAUAGGAGCAGGUCUGUUUGUGACAGAAGCAAGGUGGUGAGUGUGUAUUUUGUUAUUAUCACAAUGCUCAGUCUUGUGUCCUCAAAAACCCUUUCCCAUAAGAAGCUUGUUGCUAAUACAGGCUCCUUGUUUCUGUUACUUUUAUAUGGAAGAAGAGAAAGGGUUUGGAAUUUUAUUUGUCUAAGCAAGUGAUACAAGUCAGAAAGAGGUAAAUCAGUGCAGGAGCUGUUCAGCUGUGUAUGGUUCUCAGCAUUCAGCACAAUGUUUAUUAUAAAACAUGCACCUGGGUUUAUAAUUUUUGCCAGACUGUGGGCAAUAACAUCUUGCUAUGCAAACACUAUAUUUUAUGUGUGAAAUUUUUAACUGUAAUUUUAUGUGUGCAUUUUUAAACUAAACAUCAUUAUUUUCUAUGUUGA